UUUGUAACCAACCCGCAACCCCCAUCAACACCGCUCCUCCUAGAUUCCAACAUCUCCCUCACCCAUUUUAUCCUCCUUCUUCCCCGUCCGACCGCCAUCGCGACUUAUUGCAGCCGGCAUCGACAUUCAGAUAGCCCGGUCAGCAACUGUCGUACGUCACUGGCCUCUUGGCCCCCGCUGGAUUCGCGCAUCGCCCAGGGCACGGCGCACCGAAACCACAACACGAGCGCCGCUCCGCCCACUGGCACGCCUGUCCUCGACUAUACAGUCACCCGUCCGGCCCUUCACGGCGACGGACGACACAUACCACGCCCUCACCAUGCUAUCGCAGGACGGCCCACGGGCACGAUCGUCGCCAACUACUCUUACCAAGUCGUAUCUGCCGACCGAUCAUGCUCCUUCCGCACCGCCCACCAUCGUCCUCGAAACCACUCAAGGCACCCAGCGCACCUUCAACGAGCCCGUGCGGAUAGUCCAGUACAACAACAUUGGCUCCACAGCCAAGGGCAUAAUGAUCGGCAUCUUCUCCGUGCUGGCAGCUGCGGGAUUUGUCCUUAUCCUCGCUGCUAUAGUCUACUACUUCCGAUAUACACAGCAGGGCCGCAUUUUCUUGGACCGGUUAACACGGCCAGGCGAGUAUGACGAUGAGCAGCAGUUUGCAAAGGAGGAGGCUGAGGCGCUGGAGGAAAUGGAUGACAUUCAGCGGAUGGAGUAUUUGAGAGCAAAAGCUUUUAUCCAGGCCAACCCACCCGAAUCCGUGCAAACCGACAUCUCCUUAGGACAGUUCUUGGCAAUUCAGGAGAAGGGCGUCUCGGCGUGGGAAUUCGAACCGGAGCUGGAGAUCGCGAACUGUUUUGUGGAAGGGCGGACAGAGAUUGAGUUUUUUGACUCCGAAUGCAGCGUACAAAGUAAUUUGCCUAUACCGAAGCAGAAUGAGGUGUAUUAUUGGGAAGCAAAGAUCUACGAUAAGCCGGACACCACAAAUAUCUCCAUUGGCGUAACGACAAAGCCGUAUCCGCUGUUUCGGCUACCAGGAUAUCAUCGGUGGUCCAUAGCGUACAUGUCUUACGGAUCCCGCCGGUAUAACCAACCCUUCACGCCCACCCCCUACGGUCCCGCAUAUGUUCAAGGAGAUGUUAUUGGCGUCGGAUAUCGGCCGCGUACUGGUACAUUGUUCUUCACUCGGAACGGCAAGAAGCUGGAUGAUGUCGCUCAUGGCCUGAAAACUCAGAACUUCUUCCCUACCGUUGGUGCGAAUGGACCUUGUCAAGUACACGUCAAUUUCGGCCAGAUGGGGUUUGUGUUUAUUGAAGCAAAUGUGAAGAAGUGGGGUCUCGCACCGAUGACUGGAAGUUUGGCACCUCCACCUCCAUAUGGCAGCGAACAAGGAUCGAUUCUUUUGGAAGGCGGCCGAGAAGGUGUGCGCGAGGGAAUGGGAUAUAUCGCCUCCGGGUAUGGCCACGCAAGAAGUAGCAGCCAGCAGAUGCGUCUUGGACGGAACCAGCCCACAAGCCCCGGCCCGCAGCGAAGUCCGACAGAUAUCUCUCUCGCCCAGCUAAGCCUCGUUGAUUCGCAUGAAGAAGAUAUUGGCGAAGGUACCAGCGCAGAAACAGGAGCAGUAGCCGCAGCCGCUCAACAUCAUGCCGGAGUUCACGGCCUUGGACUUCACCCUAGCGACGCUCCACCUGAAUACACCAGUCCCCAGCCGUCACCUAAUGUUAGCAGAAGAGGCAGCGACGAAGACAGCCAGUGGGAAGAACGCGCGCUCCUCCUCAACCACCCCGAACCGGACCCACCCAUUCCUAGCUACGACGCUGCAGUUGCACAAGGACCGCAAAUCAGAGUCCGCAGUGAUACCCAAAAUUCGCGCUCCUCAAGACGAGGCUGAUCAUGAGUUGUUCGAUCUGUCUGUCCGUUACAUCCAUCGCAUUGUGAUUUUCCUUUCAUCUCUCAACACUCUCACCUGGUCUUCUUUAUCACGGAUUGAAAUAUACCCCCAUCUCUCAUCUCUCAUAUUCAUCAUCGUCAUCAUCUCAUUUGUUACGGGGAACGAAUCGGGUCGAUGCCUUCCUAACGAAGGCUUUUAUGGGUAGGGUAUGCUUAGUUGAGUGGCAUCCGUACGUUGAGUGAUAGCGCUUUAGGCUUUGUUUGUCUGUUUAGGCGGGCGUUAAACCGAGCAUCCGGCCGGACUUGGAAUCUUGCUAGUGCUUGCUUUGGAAUGGGAUUAUAUCUGUAUAGUGGUUGUUCCACGGCUCAGUGACUGGGCUGGAAGCCUAGAAUUGGAUAUACGGAUCGAAUGCAAUGGACUGGGCUGGGCUAGGCUGGGCUAGAGAGUUUUGUUCCGUGCAGAGUUAAACUCAAAUGAUAC